AUGGCCGAAUCCUAUCAAGAAAUUGAGGAUAGAAUCGAUAAUGCUAUUUACGCAUUAAACGAAGCCGAAUUCCCUAAUAUCGCGCAAACAGCACGCCAAUUCGACGUCUCUGAACAACGACUCCGAAGAAGAUACAAGGGUGUUCAAAAUAAGAUACAAUGUGGAGGGGCUAAUAAAAAGCUUAGUGAGGACCAGGAGCUUGCUUUUUGUCACUAUCUUGAUCGAUUAGACGAAUCAGGAGUGAGUGCACGCCCUCAAAUGCUACAGAGCAUUACAAAUUCGAUCCUUGAACGCGCUCACAGCAAUUCUACUAUUGCCCCUCCUAUAGUUAGCAAGAUUUGGUCCUUCCGCUUUCUACAACGUCAUCCGAAGUAUAUUAUAAAGAAGAGGAAGCCUCUCUUUAUUCUACGAAAGCUUACACACAAUCAAGAGGAGAUACAAGCUCAUUUUGAGCGAUUUCGUGAGACCAAGACGAAAUAUGGUAUUCUUGAAGAGGAUAUCUAUAAUAUGGAUGAAACAGGCUUUCGAAUAGGCAAAAAUUCUAUCGUUGCGCUGAAAUCUAUCGUUGCGCUGAAAUCUAUCGUUGCGCUGAAAUCUAUCGUUGCGCUGAAAUCUAUCGUUGCGCUGAAAUCUAUCGUUGCGCUGAAAUCUAUCGUUGCGCUGAAAUCUAUCGUUGCGCUGAAAUCUAUCGUUGCGCUGAAAUCUAUCGUUGCGCUGAAAUCUAUCGUUGCGCUGAAAUCUAUCGUUGCGCUGAAAUCUAUCGUUGCGCUGAAAUCUAUCGUUGCGCUGAAAUCUAUCGUUGCGCUGAAAUCUAUCGUUGCGCUGAAAUCUAUCGUUGCGCUGAAAUCUAUCGUUGCGCUGAAAUCUAUCGUUGCGCUGAAAUCUAUCGUUGCGCUGAAAUCUAUCGUUGCGCUGAAAUCUAUCGUUGCGCUGAAAUCUAUCGUUGCGCUGAAAUCUAUCGUUGCGCUGAAAUCUAUCGUUGCGCUGAAAUCUAUCGUUGCGCUGAAAUCUAUCGUUGCGCUGAAAUCUAUCGUUGCGCUGUGGUGCACUAAGCUGCAAAGCUUAGUGCAAAAAGUGCACGGUUACCAGUUCUGUUGA